AUGCAGGAGGGGAGCGGCUGCUGCGUGUGCGCGGGGCGCGGCGCCCCCCGAUACCGCUGCCCAGGCUGCAGGGCCAGAUAUUGUUCUGUCCCCUGCUACAAGAAGCAUAAAGAACAGUGUAUAGCAAAACAGGAUCAGGUUGUAAAGACGCUGAUUACAGACACAUCCUCACUUUUCAGAAGAGUUAAACCAGGGCAAGGCGAAGGAAACCAUUGGUCUGUAGAUGAUAUCCUGACACAAGAUGAUGAUGAGGUGGACAGAGUCCCACUGCAGAAACUCAAACUCUUAGGGGAGUCUAAAGAACUGAGAAGCUUACUACUCAACCCCCAUCUGCAGCAACUGCUGCUAACUGUAGAUCAAGCCAAAGAAAAAGAUUCCCUCAUGAAGACAUAUAUGCAAGAGCCAUUAUUUGUGGAGUUCGCAGACUGCUGCUUGAGCGUUGUUGAACCUCCAGAGAAAGAGAAUUGUCUUCUGGACUGAGAGACUCUUCAGGAACAGAACUAAUCAUGGAUUUUUCUAAAACUGGAAGAAACAUUUUAUUACUAUGUGCUUUGCUGAAACAGCCUCAGGUGUGUUUUCCCUCAGUAAAACAUCUUUAGCUCCUGGAUGUCAGCACUCUAAUUCUCACCUCCAGCGUUGUCAUAUGGUAAGCUUUGUCACAGGUGGUUGAAGAGAAGAAUAUGUAUGCAUGUACUAGGUGUAAUUGAAGGUUAGUGUUGUGACUUACUUUCUCUUAAUACAGGUUCCAUUGCCAACUGUGACUGUGCCAGGCAUUGCUGCUGUCAAGUGUGUAAGGAAGGAGAAAGAUUAGAUUAAGUCCACUAGUGUUUAACUUUAUCCUUUGAGCAUUUGACAAACCUUGCUGAGAAAUUGAGUCCAGAGAGCUGCACAAGAUAUUUGUUUAUUAAAAUGCCAUGUACAUAAGAUUAAGAACAAACAAACAAACAUACAUUUCCCUGCCUCAGGUCAAGUAAGAGGAAAAAGAACCAUUUUUCUCUCUCACUCUAAAGGUUCCCAUGCUAAGAACCACUUCUGCUCCUACACAAUGUGUGAACCGAAUGCUGGAGAUGGAUGUAACAGUGAGGGGUGCUGGACCUUAGCAGCACCAAGAGGGUGGAACUCGUUAUAUGCUAUAUCUGAGUUUGGACCAAUACAAUUUAACUGCUUAAAAGCAGCAUGUUAACUUUCUUCAGCUGGUCAGAAACAUUGAGCCCAGUCUUACACUCCCAUUUUUCCUGAGACAGGUGUGUCCAGCACUGCCCUCCACCAAUUCUUGCAUUUUAUUCAUAAGCAUUAGCAACCUGCUGAAUUUUAGUGCUCAUUUGAGGUAAAUGACUGUAUGCUUGCCUCCAGAGGGGGAGUAGUGUUCAGAUGUCUUGAAAAACCUCACUGCUGCCUUCUUACUUUUCCCUGUAUAGGGGAGUGCUGAAAGGAUAUUUUACAGUAGAUCACAGAGCUAUUUGUUCAAUUAUUUCCCAAAAAUUUUUAGUUCUAUUAAAAGUUGUGAUUUUGUUUGUAGUCCUAGUGUAGUGUUUUCUUGGUAUUCCUCCAUCACCUAUAGGAGAAAGUAAGAAAUCUGUGCUAACGCCCAAUAUACCUGUAACCUUAUACUUACAUAUGCAACUAUGGGGGGAGGGAAAUCAAGGCUCCAGGGUAGCAGCAGAUGUUUUCUAAUUGAUCUGUCUCAUGCAGGAAUAUAUUGUAGAUAGAUUAAAACAUUUAGAAGCAGCAGCUUGAAAGAAGUCCUUCCUU